AUGAAACCUUGGAAUAAAAAUAGAGCAAAUUCUUUAUUGUUAAAAGAUUCUGUUGGAGCAGCAAAAUAAUCUAUUUAUACAAUUCCAAAUGAUAUUUAUUUUGGUAAAGCAAUUGUUCAUGAUACUGAAGGAGCAUAGUAAGGUAAUUCCUUAAUUUUACAUUUAGUAACUUCUACAUGGUAUUAUCAUAAUCAUAGUGAAUUAAAUCCUCCUGAUAGAGACUUUACGAAAUUGAAUAAAAUGUGUAUUUCAAAUAAAUUACAUGAUCAGAAACAAUUUUAUCUAUUCAGAAAAAGUAAUGAUGCAAGAGUUUUUAGAAAAAGAGGUUGCAGUUAAAUUGAAAUGAAUUUACCUGAUGAAAAUUUUAGGUAUGGUAAACCCUAUUUACCUUAAUCACCUAUGAAAAAUGUGUUAAGUGGCAGUUAUAUGAAUGAAGCAGAAUAAUUAAUGGAUAAGAAAUAUGAUGCAAUUUCAAAACAUAAACUAAAAUAAAGUAAAAGACCAUCAACAGCAACUAAACAUACUAAGGCAAGUAAACUUGCUUAUCAAAGUCUUAUCAAAUCCUUAAACUAAACUCAAUAACAUUAAUUCAAAUUGAAAGAAUUUGAUAAAGUACAACCUAAAACUAAAACAAGAUUUUGA